CGUUUCAGCAAUUCUUGUUCCUAUGGUUGCUAGCAACAUAGGAAACACUUUUUUGUCUCCUUGUUGAGUUGUAUGAGUUUAGUUAUACACUUUGUUUUAUUGAAUCCUGUAUAGAUACCAAAUAUAUUUAUCGUUUUGUUAAGAAAAAAUAUGUAAAUAUCCUUAUAGUCAAAUAAUAUUUGAUUUCGAUCCUGCACUAACAAGACAUUCUAUCAUUCAAACUACUGUUCAAAUAGAAGAGAUGUCUCAAGCAAUGAUUCAGAAUAGGAAUAUCAUGGAUGAGAGUAGUGGACAAUUUCUAGUAUAUUUAUUACUUUUAGAAGAAACAUUAGAAAAGCGGAGAAGUGAUUUUAUUGCUUGUAUUAAUUAUGCUGAUGAAGAGGAAUAUAAAAUAGCUACAGAAUAUAAUUGGAAUAUUAAAAGCAAAGUUCUUAAGAUGUACUAUAAUGAAUUAGAAACUCGUAUACAACUUAGUAAACGCAGACAGAAAGCUGAUCAAAAGUCAAAUAAUAUACGAUUAAUGAUCUCAAUUUAUGCAUUAUCGAUCAUAAAAUGUCAAUGAAUUCAAAAAGCAAAGAUACAGCAAAAAACAAUUAGAACCAUCGGUAUAACAGGACGAAGAAGAAGAGGAAGAGGAGAAGGAAAAAGAAAUCUGGUUCUAAAAAUGAAAAUGGUUCGCGUACAUCAUCUAGAGCAAUCUCUCGUGGUUCCAGCAUAAGAUUUCAUCUUCAUUUUUCGAUACCGUCGAAAUUCACAUCACACUCCCAUUCAGUAUCUAAAUCUUCAUUUCAUUCUCCUUCUCUAUCGAUGUCACACUCUCCAUCUAAAUCACACAAUAGAUCUAGAUCAAGAUUUGAACCAAUUCAAUAGAGAAAUUUGUCUAAGUUGAAAUCUCGAUCAAAAUCUGGUUCUCCUGCCAAAUUACAAUUACAAUC